UUUUUUUUUUUUUUACAGCUACUACAUUUGAUAAUACAUAAAAGAUUUCGUGAAUCGUGUUUUAAGUCAGAUAACUUGUGUUUCCCCUUCAUCCCUUUAAAGCUAAUGAUGACAAAACAUUGAGCUCAUACCUCACACUAUUCACGUUCCUACUCGGUGUACAGGGAAUUUAUAGACACAUACAAGUAGUUCCAUCUUUAUGUCUACUAAGGUGACUCCAUUUUCAUUAACAGAUAUCUCCAUCGCAAUCUUCAUUUAUAUCCUUUCCUUUUAGUAAGCCAAAAUGACCAGAUCAGUAGGCUUAUCAGAAACAGAAAGAACCAUCAGUAACCAGAAUAAGCCAUACCAUCCUAAACAACAUCCUAAGACAAGUUCACUCUUUUCAUUCUACUCACCAAAAUUUUCCAUCUAUCUCCUCAUCACUUGUGCCAUUCUUUUCAUUCUUUUCCAAAUCCAAUCUUUACAAAUCCCACCCUCUUCUCCAUUACCAUCAUGGGAUUUUCUGAAUCAAUGGCAAAAAGUCAUCAUCAACACAACUACAAGCAUAUCAACUUUCAAUAAUGAUCAAGAUAAUCUCACCAAAUUAAUGGCCAAGAAACUCCGCGAAUCGGUUACAUUUCUUCCCCUCAAAGACUUACGGUACUCCUCCACAGCUCAACAAGGACACACAUGGUUCAUGAGUUCAAUGUAUGACACGCAUGAAGAAGGUGAAGUCCAAUACCAAAGAUUCCCUUCAAAUGCAUCAAAAGGUAGACUUUUGUGCCUUAAAGGUAAUGACACUCAUGAUGGUGCAUGGAAUUCAUAUGCACUAGCAUGGCCUGAAUUUUUGCCUUACAACUCCACCUUAAAAAAAGGUCUCACGUUUGUAUCCUACAACCACUAUAAUUAUGAUAACAUUUGGCAUGGCUUGUCAGCUAUGGUACCAUUUGUAGCAUGGCAUAUCAAGAACCAAUGUUCACUUAUUCCCACUAGAUAUAUUUUGUACCAUUGGGGUGAAGUUAGGAUUAAAAUGGGACCUUGGUUGAAAUCUUUAAUGGAAGCUACAUUUGGUGAACCACUUCAUAUUGAAACUUUUGAAAAUAUUAAUAAUGCUACUUGUUUUGAGGAUGCUGUGGUGAUGAGACAUAAUGAAGGGGGAAUGUUUAGACAAAAAAGGAUUGAAGUAUAUGAUUUGCUAAGGUGUAAGGCUAGAAUGUAUUGUAAUGUGAGCUUAGAAGGUAGGCUAUCGGAGGUGAACGUAAGGGGAUUGCCGGUAAUCGGAAUGACAAUGUUCAUGAGAGUUAAUGGACCAAGAUCUUUCAAGAAUGAAUCUGCUGUCAUUAGAAUAUUUCACAAGGAAUGUCAAAUGGUGGAAGGCUGCCGCUUCAUAGUUGCUUAUUCCAAUAAUCUCACUUUUUGUGAACAGGUAAGGUUGAUGAGUUUGACAGACAUACUAAUAUCCCCACACGGAGCACAAUUAACAAACAUGUUCCUCAUGGACAAAAACAGCAGUGUAUUAGAGUUCUUCCCAAAAGGAUGGCUCAAACUAGCAGGUGUAGGCCAGUAUGUCUAUCACUGGAUAGCUAGUUGGUCUGGGAUGAAACACGAAGGAGCUUGGCGUGAUCCUGAUGGAGAUCUCUGCCCUUAUUCCGACGAUGAUAAGCGUUGCAUGGCUAUUUACAAAAGUAGCAAAAUUGGAUAUAAUGAGACCUAUUUUUCUGAAUGGGCUAGAGGCGUUCUUAGUGUGGUGAGAAUAAGGAAGAAGCAAGAGCUAGCCUUAAAAAAGAUUUCAGAUGUCACUCCUAGUGGCUGUUAUUGUAAUUAAUUUAUCUUUAUAUUUUUUGUUGUAACUUUUAUUAGGAUGAUUUUGCACCAUGCCAAGUACGAAGUCAAAAUCCCUUUCUGAGGGAGCUUUCGUUUUUAUGCUCAAACCUGAACUUUAUAAACGUCUUUC